UUCUGGAAAAGGUCGACACCACCGAUGGAUGGCUUGAUCUUCACUGUCAGCUCCAGAUGACUUGUCCUGUUGUUCAUAAGGAUGUCGUCUGUUACUGAAAAUGGAGGUGUUACUGCUGGAAAACCAAAUGAAGAGAAAACAUAUAAAAAGACUGCAUCCUCAGCUAUUAAAGGUGCUAUCCAGCUGGGAAUAGGAUACACAGUAGGAAACCUUACAUCAAAACCAGACAGAGAUGUUCUUAUGCAAGACUUCUAUGUAGUGGAAAGUGUCUUCCUACCAAGUGAAGGGAGCAAUCUCACGCCUGCUCAUCAUUACCCUGACUUCAGAUUUAAGACGUAUGCACCUCUUGCCUUCCGCUAUUUCAGAGAACUUUUUGGUAUCAAGCCUGAUGAUUACUUGUACUCAAUCUGCAGUGAGCCUUUAAUUGAAUUAUCCAAUCCAGGUGCCAGUGGGUCCCUAUUUUUUGUAACUAGUGAUGACGAGUUCAUCAUCAAAACAGUUCAGCACAAAGAGGCUGAGUUUCUUCAGAAGCUCUUGCCGGGUUAUUAUAUGAAUCUGAACCAGAAUCCAAGGACUCUUCUACCCAAAUUUUAUGGGCUGUACUGCGUUCAGUCAGGAGGCAUUAAUAUUAGAAUUGUUGUAAUGAACAAUGUUCUGCCGCGAGCCUUGAAAAUGCAUUUCACAUAUGACUUGAAAGGCUCCACAUACAAACGGAGAGCAUCAAGAAAAGAGAGGGAGAAGUCCAACCCCACAUUCAAAGACUUGGAUUUCUUGCAAGACAUGCAUGAAGGGUUGUAUUUUGACUCUGAGACACACAGCGCACUGAUGAAAACAUUACAGCGGGAUUGUCGAGUUCUAGAAAGCUUUAAGAUCAUGGAUUACAGUCUGCUACUGGGAAUCCACAUAAUGAACAGUAACAUAAAGGAAAAAGAGGGAGAGAGUUCCCAGAGCGCAUCAGAUGCAAAACGUCCUGGAGGGCAGAAAGUUCUCUAUUCCACAGCCAUGGAGUCUAUACAGGGCCCUGGGAAGUCGGGCGACUCCGUCACCACAGAGACAACAAACACAAUGGGAGGUAUUCCAGCUAAAAGCCAUAAAGGAGAAAAGCUGCUUCUAUUUAUGGGUAUUAUUGAUAUUCUCCAGUCUUAUAGGUUAAUGAAGAAGCUGGAACAUUCUUGGAAAGCUCUGGUUUAUGAUGGGGACACUGUUUCAGUUCACCGACCAAGUUUUUAUGCUGACAGAUUUUUAAAGUUUAUGAGUACCAGAGUUUUCAAGAAAGUUCAAGCUUUAAAGUCUUCACCUUCAAAGAAACAGUGCAAUUCCAUCACAGCCCUAAAGGCAACAUCACAAGAAAUAGUAUGUGCCAUUAGCCAGGAGUGGAAGGAUGAAAAGCAUGGCAUUCUUACUGAAGGACAAAGCUAUGCCAGCCUUGAUGAUGAAGUACUAGGUUCACGCCACCGGCCAGAUCUAGUGCCGAGCACUCCAUCUCUGUUUGAAGCAGCUUCCUUGGCAACCACAAUUUCUUCUUCUUCCUUGAAUGUAGAUGAGCAUUGUCAAUGUGACCAACCUGUGCUCUAUUCUAGCAGUAAAGGGUUGCCUUCGAGUUCAACAUUCACUUUAGAAGACAAUGCCAUUUAUUUGACUUCAGAACAGAGUACACUGGAAAUGGAAAAUGAUAAUGCUUCAGUUUUGGAUGUCUACUUAAUGCUGGACAUGCCGACUAGGAACAGUGCUUUGCUAGAUUUACUGCUCACAAACGGAGAAGGUGCACUUGACAACAUGACUACCAGUGAUAGCCUUGGAUACAGCAAUCACAACAUUGUGGAGUUUAAGAUCCCG